AGUUCUUGAUCACACUCAAGCAAGAGCAUAACAGACAGCAAUGUCUAACUUCGACCCAAAUGCCAUCCUGCGUGGUGCGCAGCUCACCUUAGUCGGUGCCUACCGAGCAUUGCAGAACCCGAACCUCUUUACCCAUGAGCACUACAGACAGGCUGCUUUGGCUGUCGCAGCUGGUAUCGCUAUUCGCAUCCUCGUAGCCAUUCCCGCCCUCGGAGUUCGUGUGCUUAUCGCUUUCCUUGGACUGUUCACAGACUUGAAGAGCUCGGGAUGGGACAACGAAAUCAUCGAUGGACUGGAUUUCCUCGAGCACUCUGUGCUGCAGCUGCCAUUCUUCCUCAUGAGUUUCAUGAGAUACAUCAGUCCUUCCCUGGACAACAUGUUCAUGGAGUCCCUCCGAUGGGUCGACCAGACAUACGUUCAGAAGCACAAGGGUGAAGAUCCCAACCAACUACGCGCCAUGUACUAUCCCAACAUGCGUCAAUACGCACACCACGGUCCUGCUCCUGCUUCAGGGGAGAAGCCAUCGCAGAACGCAUCCAAGCAGGCUGCUAUCAAGUUCUUGAUACGCUACGGGCGCAAGGCUGGAAUCUCCUUGGCCGUCUACCUGCUCUCGUGCUUGCCAUACAUCGGUCGCUUUGUUUUGCCCGCUGCGAGUUUCUACACCUUCAACAAGCAGGUUGGUCUGCAGCCUGCAGUCCUUAUCUUCGGUAGCUCCAUCUUCCUGCCCAAGAGAUAUCUGGUUCAUUUCCUCCAGAGUUACUUUGCUUCGAGAAGCUUGAUGAGAGAAUUGCUCGAGCCCUACUUCUCUCGCAUUCGCUACACUCCGCAACAAAAGAAGAUCUGGUUCCAUGACCGCGAAGGUGUUCUCUUCGGCUUCGGAGUUGGCUUCUUUGUCUUCCUCAAGAUUCCUCUGCUCGGUGUUCUCAUUUAUGGCAUCGCUGAAGCGUCGACUGCGUUCCUCAUUACAAAGGUCACCGACCCACCACCGCAACCUGAAGAGUGGACCAACUUUGCAGAGACCCAGGCUCACUGGCGCAACAAGCAUGAGUUCUUGAAGCUUCCUCUGGACAAGUUGGAUGCUCUUAACAUUACAUCAACCAAAGAAGGCGAGAAACCAGACUCGACCACUAUCAAGGGCCGCCAGUUUACGUAAGGUCGGCCAAGUCGUCAAUUGAUCCUCAGCUAGCAUUCCCAUGUAACAGCAACAUGAUUUACCACAAGAACCAAGACACGAUCCAUCUCCAGAAUUUAAUUCAUCUCACCCGGAGAUGUUGUACUCCGUACUCAGAUAGCGUCCGAGUUAUAUCCAGCGGCAUUCGUCCGCCCGUCCGUGCACAAUAUACCCCUCCAUGAAGCUCCUCGAUGUGGGG